CGGCGACCAAUGGAGCACGCCGGGUGGCGGCCGUUGGGUUGAGUGGAUGGCAGAGGAAGCUGAGCGGUAACGGGGGAGAGCUAAGUGCGGAGAGAGAGAGAGCGAGAAGCCACCAUGGGGAACCGGGGGAUGGAGGAUCUCAUUCCUCUCGUCAACAAGCUCCAGGACGCCUUCAGCUCUAUAGGCCAGUCCUGUAACCUCGACCUGCCGCAGAUAGCCGUGGUGGGGGGACAGAGCGCCGGGAAAAGCUCCGUGCUCGAGAACUUCGUAGGCCGAGAUUUCCUUCCCCGUGGAUCUGGAGUCGUCACGCGUCGUCCCCUCAUCCUUCAGCUCAUCUUUUCAAAAACAGAGUAUGCCGAGUUUCUGCACUGCAAGUCAAAGAAAUUUACAGAUUUCGAUGAAGUUCGCCAGGAAAUCGAAGCAGAAACAGAACGGGUAACUGGAAGCAACAAGGGCAUUUCACCUGUGCCCAUUAACCUGCGGGUCUAUUCUCCUCAUGUCUUGAACUUGACCUUAAUUGAUCUCCCGGGUAUCACAAAGGUUCCUGUUGGUGACCAGCCGCAGGAUAUUGAGUACCAAAUCAAGGACAUGAUCCUCCAGUUCAUCUCCAGAGAUAGCUGUCUAAUCCUGGCUGUCACUCCAGCCAACACUGACCUGGCCAACUCUGAUGCCUUGAAAUUAUCAAAGGAGGUGGAUCCCCAAGGCUUAAGGACAAUUGGCGUUAUAACCAAACUGGAUCUUAUGGAUGAGGGAACAGAUGCCAGAGAUAUUCUAGAGAACAAGCUGCUACCUUUACGGAGAGGUUACAUUGGAGUGGUCAACAGAAGCCAGAAGGACAUUGAUGGUAAAAAGGAUAUCCGAGCGGCUCUUGCUGCCGAAAGAAAGUUCUUCCUCUCUCAUCCUGGAUACCGACAUAUAGCAGACAGAAUGGGAACACCACAUCUACAGAAAAUGCUCAACCAGCAACUUACCAAUCACAUUCGGGAAACACUUCCUGCAUUGCGAAGUAAACUUCAGAGCCAGAUGCUUUCUUUGGAGAAAGAGGUUGAAGAGUUCAAGAACUUCCGACCGGAUGACCCCACAAGAAAAACAAAAGCUCUUCUCCAGAUGGUCCAGCAGCUGGGGGUGGAUUUUGAGAAGAGAAUUGAGGGUUCUGGGGAUCAGGUAGACACCCUAGAGCUCUCCGGAGGUGCCAGGAUAAACCGAAUUUUCCAUGAGCGAUUUCCAUUUGAGCUUGUCAAGAUGGAAUUUGAUGAGAAGGAUCUACGACGAGAAAUCAGCUAUGCCAUUAAGAAUAUUCAUGGUGUGAGGACGGGUCUGUUUACACCAGAUAUGGCCUUUGAAGCCAUAGUAAAGAAGCAGGUAGUGAAGCUGAAGGAACCAUGUCUGAAAUGUGUGGACCUUGUCAUCCAGGAACUGAUCAAUACUGUGCGACAGUGUACAACAAAGCUGGCUCCUUACCCAAGACUACGAGAAGAGAGCGAAAGGAUUGUUACAACGUACGUCCGAGAGAGAGAAGGGAAGACAAAAGAUCAAAUACUGCUACUAAUAGACAUUGAACUAUCGUACAUCAACACCAAUCACGAGGAUUUCAUUGGAUUUGCUAACUGUUAUACCGAGCAGCUCGUCCCAGGUGCCCAACAAAGAAGCACGCAGCUCAACAAGAAGAGAGCUGUCCCCAACCAGGGAGAGAUCUUGGUGAUCAGGAGAGGUUGGUUGACCAUAAACAACAUCAGCAUCAUGAAAGGAGGCUCCAAGGAAUAUUGGUUUGUGCUGACAGCGGAGUCCUUAUCCUGGUAUAAAGAUGAAGAGGAGAAAGAGAAGAAAUACAUGCUGCCUCUGGACAACCUGAAGAUCCGAGAUGUAGAGAAAGGGUUCAUGUCCAACAAGCACAUCUUUGGCAUUUUUAACACAGAAUCAAGGAAUGUGUAUAAGGAUCUACGUCAAAUAGAACUUGCCUGUGACUCUCAAGAGGACGUAGAUAGCUGGAAAGCCUCAUUUCUUCGAGCAGGAGUGUAUCCUGAAAAAGACCAGACAGAAAAUGAAGAGGACAUGCAAGAGAACACCUUCUCCAUGGAUCCCCAGCUGGAGAGACAAGUGGAGACCAUUAGAAAUUUGGUGGACUCCUACAUGGGAAUCAUAAACAAGUCCAUUCGUGACCUCAUGCCAAAGACCAUAAUGCACCUCAUGAUCAAUAAUGCGAAGGAGUUCAUUCACUCGGAGCUACUGGCAUAUCUCUACUCAUCCACUGACCAGAACAGUUUGAUGGAGGAGUCGGCGGACCAGGCUCAGAGGCGAGAUGAUAUGCUCAGGAUGUAUCAUGCACUUAAGGAGGCUCUGAACAUUAUUGGGGAUAUUACCACUAGCACCAUCACCACACCGGUCCCUCCUCCAGUGGAUGACACCUGGCUGCAGAAUUCCAACAGUGGCCAUAGCCCGAAUGUACAGAGGAGGCCAGUUUCCAACAUCAUGCCCCCCAGCCGUCCCCCUGCUGUCCGUGGCCCCACACCAGGCCCCCCUCUCAUACCUGUGCCAGUAGGAGGUUCUGCUUACCCUCCAAUCCCAUCUCGCCCUGGAUCAACAGGGCCAUUCCCUGCUGCUAACAAUGACCCUUUUUCUGCACCUCCACAGAUCCCAUCCCGACCUGCUCGUAUCCCACCAGGUGUACCGCCCGGUGUGCCCAGAAGACCACCUCCAACCAAGCCACUCUGGUGAUGAGAUCAUCAACAUAAUCUGUAAAUUUGGGUUCCUUCCAUGGAUUAUGACAUUAUCACACUGUCGAUUUCACAAUUUUGCUGUUAGGUGGCCCGCGGCGCAGAUCCACCCUAAAAGGUCCUUAUCGGGCGAGCAACUAAUGAUAUUCUUCAAUGACAUGAGAAGGAUUAAAUCUUUCUAUCUAAAGAUCUUGGUCAUCGUACAGGACAGAGAUGAACGAUAACCUGACCACACAUCACAUCCUGGAUUGCAGACUUUGUUGUAAUGUUGUAUGGAUGAGUAGAAAGUUGGGACAUUAUCUCUCCAUUCAGCAAAAGUGCCGGAUGCACAGAACACUUGGAAUUGGGAUCAGCGGAAUAUAAUGAAACCUUGUUAGGAUGCGGACCAUGCAUUCUGUAAUGAACGUUAUUCAAGACUGCCUUUAUGGUGUAAUCAGUACUGGGUUGUGAUUGGGGAUUUAGCUUACCAAAUAGGUCUUUUGAGUGCUUUAUGGUUUUUGAAAAAGUGUGGUUGGUGCUGGAGAUGGCAGUUUGUGAACAAAGACAAGCCCCCCAUUGUUUACCUUCCUUGACUUGCCCUCGACCACAUGAAGAGCUGAAGUAUUUACAACCAAUGCAGUCUGGACUGAAAUACAAGUAUAACAUCUGUUGUCAAAAACACUUGCGUUUUCAGAGUAGUUUUUUCUUUAGAAAUUUGCAGCAGAUAAAAGAACCUCAAGUCAACAAUUAUGUCUACCAAGACAUGGCAUAAGUCACACCUGGAACAUGCAUGGGCCAUAUCCAUUCAUCCAUCUUGAGUUAUGUCUUAAUGUGUUGCUCCUGAACUAGAACUUGAUGGUACAGCCUUAACAUUUUAUACCAUACUACACCAGCAAAAGGAGCCAGUCAGUUGUGCUCGUAUAAUAGGAGAGAUCAGAGAGAGGAGCUCAUCAGUCUGCUGCUUUUCCUUUCACUGUCCAGCCACAGGCUGGGGGUGGGACAAGACCUGUAAGUCUUGCUAAACCGCAGCAGCAAAAAAAAUAUUUUUCUUCCUUGCCAGACGGGGCUGUGCUGUGUAAAUCUAAGGAGUGGAUGCACAGAAACUCAUCCUUUUGGCAGGUAAAACGGUUCCUAUAUAUGUAAAAAUGGCAUUGGGGCUCAUCUGAGAUGCAGGUGGG